GCUGUAGUGCCCACACUCUUUCAGGGGUACCCGCCCACAAUGCUUCUUCCGGCGGCCGCCGCCGCCGCCGCCGCCGCCAGCCGCCUUGUCCCGCUCUCCCCAUGUCGGCGCAUAUCCUCUCUAAAAGUCCCGUGGAAGCGCGACCCCGUCCUCGACGCCGCCAUCACCCGCGACCGCCGCUUCCGCCAGGCGUCCCGCCUCGUCCGCGAGGUGCUCCUCUCCCCGGGCCGCCGCCUCCUCUUCCGCUACCUCACCAAGCGCCGCGAGCGCGUCAAUCUCCCCGUCCGCGUCCCCACUUUCCUCAGAAGGUACCCCACCCUCCUCUCCGUCUCCCCUCCCCCCGAGCCGAUCGCCUCGCCCUCCCCGCAGCUCCUCGCCUUCCUCGACUUCGCCUCCCGCCUCUACGAACUCCACGCCCCGCUCCUCGCCUCCAGGCUGGCCAAGCUCCUCAUGAUCUCCUCCACCCACGCCUUGCCCGUCACCAAAAUCGCUUCCGCCAAGCGCGACUUCGGGCUCCCCGACGACUUCUUGGUCUCGUUGGUCCCGAAGUACCCCGAUCUCUUCCGCCUCGUCGGCGACCCCGGGCCCGACGCGUCUGGGAACGCAUUCCUCGAGUUGGUGGCUUGGGACGACCAACUGGCGAGGUCGGUGAUUGAAUUGAAGGCUGACAAGGAGGCUGAUGUCGUCGGAAUUCGGCUCAGGCCAAACUUUACUGUUAAAUUGCCCAAGGGGUUCUACCUCAAGAAGGAAAUGAGGGAGUGGGUGAGGGAUUGGCUUGAGUUGCCAUAUGUCUCACCUUAUGCAGAUGCAUCCAGUCUUUGUCCGGCGUCCCCGGAGGCUGAGAAGCGAACAAUUGGUGUUUUACAUGAGCUGUUGUCUCUGACAGUAGAGCGAAGGAUGGCACUGCCAAUUAUUGCGAAAUUUUGUGACGAGUAUAGGCUACCAAAUGCAUUUGCCAAUGCGUUCACAAGGCACCCAGGGAUCUUCUAUGUAUCGCUCAAGGGUGGAAUCAAGACAGCAGUAUUGAGGGAAGCAUAUGAUGAGAAGGGGGAGCUUGUAGAUAGAGACCCAUUGCUUGAGUUAAAGGAGAGAUUUGUGGCAAUCAUGGAAGAGGGGCAUAAAAAGUAUUUAGAAGACUUGAAGAGGAAGAGGGAGGCACUGCAGAAAGAGAGGGAGGUUGCAGGUCGUGAGGGUGUAAAAUUACCUGUAGAGAUGGAGGAACAGUUUGAGGAGGAUUGGCAUAGUGGGGCUUCCGAAGGAGAUGAUGACACGGAUGAUGCAUGUGCACAGUAGGAGGCAAAUGAAGGCAGUGUUGUUAGUGGCUCUUGCAAUUCCGUUUGUCCCUGGUUAGUAUUGCUUUGAGAACUGGCAAAGGAAAUUGGCUAAUGCCCAAGUUUGUUCUUUCAUCUACUGACGGUUAAUAUAAAGGAUGUUGGAAUUUGAUACACUAUCAAUGCUGCUGUGCCCCAUUUGUUUCCGAAACCUAAAUGAUUAUCAGACGAGCUAUAUGCCUCUAUCCAGAUUUCCCCCCCUCACAGUCACUGUAAGUCAUUUGGUAUACAUUUUUCCCCAGAAUAGCAAGUGGUGUGUAGCCAAAGGUAAGACUUCCAGGGUAUGGAUGGUUAAUUAUGCAAGGUAGGAACAGUCUUGACAGGGUUUCGGUUGGGCCACUCAAGUUCGAGAAAUCAAAUUUGUAUAAAUGUUCCAGUUGGUCUUGUGUGCAUGAUGAACAUCAUAUUUAUCACCUGGAAAGUGGAAGGCUCACGGCUGCCACCUUCAAUGGUUCCACUUCCACUUCCACCUGAGACUGAGGCUAUGUAAAAAGUUUGAUUUUUGCUGAGCACUUGGAAUCAACUUGGAGUAUAGGUUGAAUUGAAUGAAAUUCUUUGCAGCCCUCGAUGGUUCUACCUGGGAGUGGGGCUAUAUAAAAAGAUUUGGUUCUUGCAAAGUAUCUGAAUCAACUUAGAGAACAGUGCAUUGAUUUAAAAUUAGCUUGCCUGAGUGUGCCUGUGGCCUAAGAGAUUUUUUACUUUCUGAGUUUUAUGUUGUUUGUAGUAUGGAGUCUUCCAAAAUCCAACCAUAAGUUUGUUUUCUUUCCCACUUUAGCUUCAUAUGGGCCAUUUUUCCAAUCAUCCUUGAUUCCAAGUCUCUACUUACAUAAGCUUGUCGAGAUUUCAAUUGGAGCUUGAAUUGUGCCCGAUCUGAGAAAUAGGCUGACUGAAGUAAAGCUG